UGAAAACAUGUAACUGAAUGAAAACAUUUUGUCCUUUCAGCAAGUACCUUCUUGAAGUUACCUGGUGUAAUAUUUGCAGCCAGGAAAAUCCGAAGUAAAAAACCAAACAAACAGAAAAACAAACAUAAACCCAAACCAAACAAAAACCCAAAACAAAACAAAACAAAAAAACCACACCAAAAAACCAAACAAAAAACCCCAAAGAAACAAACCCCCAAAAAGGCGAAAAAAGCAAAGCAAAAAGGUCCCUGAAACAACAGGCCAAGCAGGUAUUUUAGCACUUCAGAUGCUGAUGCUCACUGUGACCUUCUCCUAAUUUCACUGCUCUUUCUUCUAUUCUGCCCAUGAUUCAGGGUUUCACAGAGUGUGUGAUAUCAGUCUAAUGCCUUCAACUGCAUUGACAGGUUAAUGAUUUUGCCAGGGUACAAAAACUUCCACAACACAUCUCAGACAAACACUGGUGCAGGUGGCCAGUUCUGGAUGCCUGAUCCUUGGAAGCGUCCAAGGCCAGGUUGGAUGGGGCUUGGAGCAACCUGGGCUAGUGAAAGGUGUCCCUGCCCAUGGCAGGGAGUUGGGACAAGCUGAGCUUUAAGGCCCCUUUCCAUCCAAAAUACUCUAAGAUUCUAUGACUCUAUGAUCAGCUAACAAAGAAGUUCUGACUUUCUUUACUAAAAAAGAAAAAAACUCAUUGAUUAUCAGGAGAGGAAAAUCUGUCCUGGAGCAUCUUCCCUUUGUUCUGCAUUUUCAAUGCAGCUUCAAAAAAGCAUACAGGUUCUUCAAAUAACUGAAGUGCUAUACUUUCCUUACAGGAAUAGUUUCCCCAGCAUGAACUUUGAAGCAGAGAUUCUGACAACUCCACACGAUAAUUCAGAGCUGUAUAUGAUCCCUUCCAUGAGAAGCCUCACAGCUGAGGAGUAUGUGGAGGCCUUUAAGUCAUUUUUGGAUCAUUCAACAGAGCACCAGUGCAUGGAUGAGUUCAACAAGGAACAACUGCCCAACAUCAUGGCUGGUCUCGGCCUUGGAAAAUCGACUAUAAAUGUUCUGGGAGUUGGAAGUGGCACAGGUGAGCAGGAUCUGAAAAUGAUCAGGAUACUGCAGGCCGUGCACCCAGGGGUCCCUAUUGACAAUGAAAUCGUAGAGCCCAACCCGCAGCACGUGGCAGCUUACAAAGAGCUGGUGAAUCAAGCUCCAGACCUGCAGAAUGUCUCUUUUAUUUGGCACCAGCUCACUUCCUCGGAGUACGAACAGCAGGUGAAAGAGAAAGGCACACAUAAGAAAUUUGACUUCAUCCAUAUGAUCCAGAUGCUGUACCGUGUGGAGGAUAUUCCCAACACUAUCAAGUUUUUCCACAGCUGUCUUGACCUUCAUGGUAAACUCCUGAUCAUAAUUUUAUCAGACAGCAGCGGGUGGGCCAGCUUAUGGAAGAAGCACAGAGACUGCCUGCCUCCCACCGACAGCGGCCACUACAUCACCUCCAGCGGCAUCACAGAUGUCCUGAAGAGGCUCGGAGUCGAAUACCGCGUGUACGAGUUCCCGUCGGGGUGGGACAUCACCGAGUGCUUCACCGAGGGGGACGCAGCUGGCGGCCUCAUGCUGGAUUUCCUGACGGGGACAAAAGACUUCGUGGGCACGGCCCCGCCGGCGCUGCGGCAGCGGCUGCGGGAGGCUCUGAGCCAGCCCGAGUGCAGCAGCACCAAGGACGGCAGGAUCAUCUUCAGCAACAACCUCAGCAUGAUCGUGGUGGAGUCCUAAAGCCAGACUGACUGCAGAGGACAAGCUAGGGUGGGGAUGGGGGUGAUGCAGUCACAGAAGAGUGUAGCAUAGGAGGAAGGUGACUUGCAGGCAAGAAGGGCAAGAAAGAGGGGCUCAGCUGCAGCCUCCCACUGCCAGCCAAUGUCAGUGGGACAAGCUCCUCAUCAUGAUGAGGUCACCAGGGCCAAGAUUACACCCUGGCUAUUUAGUCCAUCCCUAGGAGAAUAUUUUCCAGAAAGUAAAGAUCUCCAUCUCACUAAAAGCCUACAUGGACUUGUUUUUUUAACAGUAAUCAUCCUGUCUGUACUUCCAGCACUGGGACUUCCACUUUUCUACGUAGCCAGCAUGUUUACACAUCUAAAGACGUGUCUGUAUGACCAGGGGUUGCUUUGCAGCCAAGUGGGGGCUGCAGCCCUUGUGCUGGCUGUGUAUGGACCCACUGCUUCCAUUUGUGCUGGACAAAAUCAGCAAGAUGUCCCUGCUGCUUUUCAUCCAGGUAAUGUUCCUGCACCCAGACCUGAGCUGUAAGUUGCUCUGCACUAGGCCAUUUCAAUGGUUUUAUCAAUGUAGGUAUUUUCUGCCCCAAGCCUCUCAGCAUCUUGCAAUAUGGACAUGUCUUAAAAAUUUAUCGGCCUUUUUAUUUGGAGAGUAUUUCGGAUCCCAGGAUGAUCCUCGCCACAUGCUCUUUCAGGCAGAUAUUAAUUUUGUUACUUUCUUACUACAGUUUGUCUCCGUAUAAAA